GAUCUCGCCGCGGAACCAGAUGAAGCGCCCCCUGCAGCGCUUUCCGCGGCGCAAUCAGUUUAUCUCGGCGUACAUACUCUCCGUCACGGGGAUCCUGCGCACGCCGAAGCAGGUCGGGAGCCGCCUGCAGCAGAUGAAGGACACGUGCCGGGACCCACACGUUCUGAGUUUCCUCAGUCCGGGUGAUCAAAUUGUCAGGCAGCCGAGGCUGACACGGGUGUCUUCCAUGUGCUCGCCGGCUUCGUCGUCGAGCUCCACCGCCUCAUCGAGUCUGCCCUCGAGCUCCGGAUCGUCCUACGCGUCCAAGCGGACACACAUCGACAUCCGGCUCAUCGUUGCGGGCGACCGGCCGACGCUCGAGGGCCCAGUGAUCUCCUCGUCGGACCACCCCGACCGCCGCACGGUGUCGCUCAACGCGCCGUCGGACAUGGACCGCGACGAGCCCGUGAUUGCGUUCAGCACAUCGCACAUCAUCUCGACGGCAUACCACUACUCGCGCUUCCGCGUCCUGUUCGGCCGCGAUCUCGUCCACGAGGAGGAGACAGAACUCGUCGAGGUGCCCGGCAAGAGCUGCGCCUACAGCACGCGUCUCCUGCCCAAGUUCUGGACAUAUCUCUGUCGCUCCUCACGAUUAUCCGACUGCAUUAUCGAGCAGGACAUCGUCCGCACGCGAUUCCCGUUCAGCUGCGCGCCGAGCCGCGCACAGCACGACGACCAGAUCAUCCGCGCGAUCGCCUACUCGUUCACCCUCCACCUCGCUCCGCAGAAGCCGCCGCCCGAGCCCGCCGCCUUCGCGAUCUAUCCGUCCGCGG